AUGCCACAACAGUCAGCCUAUAAUGUGCAGAAAGAAAUCCUCUCUGUUGAGCCUAUCUUGUAUCUUUUAGACAAGCCAAAUCAGAACCAUUCAGGUGAGAUGGAUGUAUCAAUGAUGCCCCCAAAGCCUACCAUCCCAACAAGGCAGUACCUGGACCAGACCCUUGUACCUAUCCUUCUGGAAGGUCUAGCAGCUAUUGCUAAGGAAAGGCCACAGGAUCCAGUGGAGUAUCUUGGAAAUUUUCUUCUGAGAAGCCGAAAUUCUGGGAGUUCAAAUUCAAACUCAUUACCUGUGCCAACAACCACAGCCCCUACAACAUGUGCCUCUGUGCCCUCAUUGCAGCAAGGAUCCUGACAAUAAGACACUUGUGUUUUUUUUAAUUAUUAUUAAUGUAUUUUACUUUUUAACAUAGGCUCUACCAAAAAGUGCAGAGCUGUGAUCUCAGGCCCUCUCUAUGAGUCUCAAAGUUCUUUGGUGCAGGAAGGUUGACAAGGCUUACUUUAUAAUGUCCAUUUCUUUGACAGCUUAUCAUGUUUUCAAUUUUGUGCUUGAAUGAAUUAGGCCUUUUUUUUUACUGAUAGACUUUUGAAGCAAUAAAUUUUUUUUUCCACAAAGA